CAGCCCGGCCCCGCAGGGCUCAAAGGCGGCGGCCGCACGGCACCCGCUGCCAACUCCGCGGCCCUCCCUCCCCGCCUUCGGCCCUCCCCCUCGGGCGCCCGCACCUCCUCCCAUACCUGAGCGGGGAGCGGCGCCGCGCCGCCUCCUCCCCCGCCCGCCACUCCUGCCCGGCCGCAGCUGCGCCGCCACCUCGGGAGUAAAGGUCGCGCCGGCCGAGGGCGAGCCGGCCGCGGCGCCUCCAGGAAGCCGGCGGGACAGGUUCAGGGGCGAGCGGCGAGACACCGGGAAACUCUCGGCCGGCCCGGGAAGAUGGCGCCAGGAGGGCCGGCGGUGGACUGAGAGCCGGCGGGCGGAGAGGAGUCGGGACCCGCCGUGCGGCGGGGCACGGGCGAGGGCCGCACGCCAGGCGCGGUGCCCCGGCGCGGGCCGGCCCGCGGGGUCAUGUCGGUCGGCGAGCUCUACAGCCAGUACACAAGGGUCUGGAUCCCUGACCCUUAUGAAGUGUGGCGCUCAGCUGAAUUAACCAAGGACUACAAAGAGGGAGAGAAGAGCCUCCAGCUCAGACUGGAAGAUGGGACAAUUCGGGAAUACCCCAUUGAUGUCCAAAGCAACCAGCUGCCUUUUCUGCGGAAUCCAGAUAUCCUGGUGGGAGAAAAUGACCUCACCGCCCUUAGCUACCUACACGAGCCUGCAGUUUUGCACAAUUUAAAGGUCCGUUUCCUGGAGUCGAACCAUAUCUACACUUACUGUGGGAUCGUGCUGGUUGCCAUUAAUCCUUAUGAGCAGCUGCCAAUCUAUGGUCAAGAUGUCAUCUAUGCCUACAGCGGCCAAAACAUGGGGGACAUGGACCCACACAUCUUUGCUGUGGCAGAAGAAGCCUACAAGCAGAUGGCCAGAGAUGAGAAGAACCAGUCCAUCAUAGUCAGCGGCGAGUCGGGAGCCGGCAAGACCGUGUCAGCCAAGUACGCCAUGCGCUAUUUCGCCACGGUGGGUGGCUCAGCCAGUGACACCAACAUCGAAGAGAAGGUCCUGGCGUCCAGCCCCAUCAUGGAGGCCAUCGGAAAUGCCAAAACCACUCGCAAUGACAACAGCAGCCGAUUUGGAAAGUAUAUUCAGAUCGGCUUUGAUAAGCGGUACCACAUCAUUGGGGCCAACAUGAGGACCUACCUGCUGGAGAAGUCCAGAGUGGUCUUCCAGGCGGACGGUGAGCGGAAUUACCACAUUUUCUACCAGCUCUGUGCUGCCGCCAGCCUUCCAGAAUUCAAAGAGCUUGCGCUAACAUGCGCAGAGGACUUCUUCUACACAUCACAGGGAGGAGACACACACAUCGAGGGCAUUGAUGAUGCUGAGGACUUUGAGAAGACGCGACAAGCCUUCACACUCCUGGGAGUGAGAGAGUCCCAUCAGAUAAGCAUUUUUAAGAUAAUUGCUUCUAUCCUGCACCUUGGAAACGUGGAGAUUCAGGCUGAGCGUGAUGGCGAUUCCUGUAGCGUAUCACCCCAGGAUGCACACCUGAACGACUUCUGCCGGCUGCUGGGGGUGGAGCACAGCCAGAUGGUGCACUGGCUCUGCCACCGCAAGCUGGUCACCACCUCUGAGACCUACGUGAAGACCAUGUCCCCACAGCAGGUGGCCAACGCGCGCAGCGCCCUGGCCAAGCACAUCUACGCACAGCUCUUCGGCUGGAUCGUGGAGCACGUCAACAAGGCGCUGUGCACCGCCCUCAAGCAGCACGCCUUCAUUGGCGUCCUGGACAUCUACGGGUUUGAGACAUUUGAGGUCAACAGCUUUGAGCAGUUCUGUAUCAACUAUGCAAACGAGAAGUUGCAGCAGCAGUUCAACUCGCAUGUAUUCAAACUAGAGCAAGAAGAGUAUAUGAAGGAGCAGAUCCCUUGGACUUUGAUUGACUUUUAUGAUAACCAACCUUGUAUUGACCUCAUAGAAGCCAAGCUGGGCAUCUUGGAUCUGCUGGAUGAAGAGUGUAAGGUCCCCAAAGGAACUGACCAGAAUUGGGCCCAGAAGCUCUAUGACCGGCACUCUGGCAGCCAACACUUCCAGAAACCCCGCAUGUCCAACACAGCCUUCAUUGUCGUCCACUUUGCUGACAAGGUGGAGUACCUCUCAGAUGGUUUUCUGGAGAAAAACAGAGACACAGUGUAUGAAGAGCAGAUCAACAUCCUGAAGGCCAGCAAGUUUCCACUAGUGGCUGACUUGUUUCAUGAUGACAAGGACUCCAUUCCCGCUGCUGCUACAUCUGGGAAGGGCUCGUCUUCAAAGAUCAACAUUCGCUCUGCCAGACCCCCCCUGAAAGCAUCCAAUAAGGAGCACAAGAAAACCGUGGGCCACCAGUUCCGCACCUCCCUGCAUCUGCUCAUGGAGACCCUGAAUGCCACAACGCCACACUACGUGCGCUGCAUCAAGCCGAAUGACGAGAAGCUCCCCUUCCACUUUGACCCAAAGAGAGCAGUACAGCAGCUCCGGGCGUGCGGGGUGCUGGAGACCAUCCGAAUCAGCGCGGCCGGCUACCCGUCCAGGUGGGCUUACCAUGACUUCUUCAACCGGUAUCGAGUGCUGGUCAAGAAGAGAGAGCUCGGCAACACAGACAAAAAGGCCAUCUGCAGGUCUGUCCUGGAGAACCUCAUCAAGGAUCCCGACAAGUUCCAGUUUGGCCGCACCAAGAUCUUCUUCCGGGCAGGCCAGGUGGCCUACCUAGAGAAGCUUCGCGCGGACAAGUUCCGGGCAGCCACCAUCAUGAUCCAGAAGACGGUCCGCGGCUGGCUACAGAAGGUGAAAUACCGCAGGUUGAAGGCGGCUACCUUAACUCUGCAGAGGUUCUGCCGAGGACACCUGGCCCGCAGGCUAGCGGAGCAGCUGCGGAGGACCCGAGCGGCCAUCGUGUUCCAGAAGCAGUACCGCAUGCGGAGGACCCGCCUGGCCUACCAGAGGGCACGCAGGGCCGCUGUCAUCAUCCAGGCCUUCACCCGCGGCAUGCUGGUGCGGAGAAGCUACCGGCAGGUCCUCAUGGAGCAUAAGGCCACUGUCCUCCAGAAGCACGUGCGGGGCUGGAUGGCACGCAGGCGCUUUCGGCGACUGCGGGGCGCGGCCAUCGUCAUCCAGUGUGCCUUCCGGAUGCUCAAGGCCAAGCAGGAGCUGAAGGCCCUCAAGAUCGAGGCCCGCUCCGCAGAGCACCUGAAACGCCUCAACGUGGGCAUGGAGAACAAGGUGGUCCAGCUGCAGCGGAAAAUCGAUGAUCAGAAUAAAGAGUUCAGGACGCUGUCGGAGCAGCUGUCGGCGGUCACCUCCACGCACACCAUGGAGGUAGAGAAGCUGAAGAAGGAGCUGGCCCGCUACCAGCAGGGCCACAGCGGGGACAGCAGCCUGAGGCUGCAGGAGGAGGUCGAGAGCCUGCGGGCUGAGCUGCAGAGAGCCCACUCGGAGCGCAAGAUCCUGGAGGAUACCCACACCAAGGAGAAGGAUGAGCUGAAAAAGCAAGUUGCAGUCCUGGAGCAAGAAAACGCUCUCUUAAAAGAUGAGAAAGAACAGCUUAACAACCAAAUCCUGUGCCAAGUGAAAGAUGAAUUUGCCCAAAACUCUGUCAAGGAGAAUCUGAUGAAGAGAGAGCUGGAGGAGGAGCGCUCCCGGUACCAGAACCUCGUGAAGGAAUAUUCGCGGCUGGAGCAGAGAUAUGACAACCUCCGGGAUGAGAUGAGCAUCAUCAAGCAAACCCCAGGCCACAGGCGGAACCCAUCAAACCAAAGUAGCUUAGAGUCUGACUCCAAUUACCCCUCCAUCUCCACAUCUGAGGUCGGAGACACAGAGGACGCCCUUCAGCAGGUGGAGGACAUUGGCCUGGAAAAGGCGGCCAUGGACAUGACGGUCUUCCUGAAGCUGCAGAAGAGAGUGCGGGAGCUUGAGCAGGAACGGAAGAAGCUGCAGGUGCAGCUGGAGAAGAGAGAGCAGCUGGACGGCAGGAAGGUGCAGGGGGAGCAAGCGAAGAAUGACCUAGACUUGGACCAGGAUGCAGAUCUAGCCUACAAUAGUCUGAAGAGGCAAGAGCUGGAGUCGGAGAACAAGAAGCUGAAGAAUGACCUGAACGAGCUGAGGAAAGCAGUGGUGGACCAAGCCACCCAGAACAACUCCACCCACGGCUCCCCGGACAGCUACCACCUGCUGCUGAACCAGCUCAAGCUGGCCAACGAGGAGCUGGAGGUUCGCAAGGAGGAAGUGCUCAUCCUGAGGACCCAGAUCGUCAGUGCCGACCAGCGCCGACUUGCCGGCAAGAGCACGGAGCCGAACAUUAAUGCCAGAACAAGUUGGCCUAACAGUGAAAAGCACGUAGAUCAGGAAGACGCCAUCGAGGCCUAUCACGGGGUCUGCCAGACAAACCGGCUGCUGGAGGCACAGCUACAGGCCCAGAGCCGCGAGCACGAGGAGGAGGUGGAGGGCCUCAAGGCGCAGGUGGAAGCCCUGAAGGAGGAGUUGGACAAGCAGCAGCAGACUUUCUGCCAGACGCUGCUGCUGUCCCCGGAGGCCCAGGUGGAGUUUGGUGUCCAGCAGGAGAUCUCCCGGCUGACCAACGAGAACCUGGACCUCAAAGAACUGGUAGAAAAGCUGGAAAAGAAUGAGAGGAAGCUCAAGAAACAACUGAAAAUUUACAUGAAGAAGGUCCAGGACCUAGAAGCCGCCCAGGCACUGGCCCAGAGUGAGCGGAAGCGACAUGAGCUCAACAGGCAGGUCACCGUCCAACGGAAGGAGAAGGACUUCCAGGGCAUGCUGGAGUACCACAAGGAAGACGAGGCCCUUCUCAUUCGGAACCUGGUGACAGAGCUGAAGCCACAGACGCUGGCCGGCACCGUGCCCUGCCUUCCUGCCUACGUCCUCUACAUGUGCAUCAGGCACGCCGAUUACGUCAACGAUGACCUCAAGGUGCACUCCUUGCUGACCUCCACCAUCAACGGCAUUAAGAAAGUCCUGAAGAAGCACAACGAGGACUUCGAGAUGACAUCAUUCUGGUUAUCCAACACCUGCCGCCUCCUUCACUGCUUGAAGCAGUACAGCGGGGAUGAGGGCUUCAUGACUCAGAAUACGCCCAAGCAGAAUGAGCACUGUCUUAAGAACUUCGACCUCACCGAAUACCGUCAGGUGCUGAGUGACCUUUCCAUUCAGAUCUAUCAGCAGCUCAUUAAAAUCGCCGAGGGUGUGUUGCAGCCUAUGAUAGUCUCCGCCAUGUUGGAAAAUGAGAGCAUUCAGGGUCUCUCUGGUGUGAAGCCAACGGGCUACCGAAAGCGCUCCUCCAGCAUGGUGGACGGGGACAACUCCUACUGCCUGGAAGCCGUCAUCCGCCAGAUGACUUCCUUCCACACGGUCAUGCGAGAACAGGGCCUGGACCCUGAGAUCAUCCUGCAGGUGUUCAAGCAGCUGUUCUACAUGAUCAACGCCGUGACCCUCAACAACCUGCUGCUGCGGAAGGACGUCUGCUCGUGGAGCACCGGCAUGCAGCUCAGGUACAACAUAAGCCAACUUGAAGAGUGGCUUCGGGGAAGGAACCUUCACCAGAGCGGAGCUGUCCAGACCAUGGAACCCCUGAUCCAAGCAGCCCAGCUUCUGCAGCUAAAGAAGAAAACCCCGGAGGAUGCGGAGGCCAUCUGCUCCCUGUGCACCUCUCUCAGCACACAGCAGAUUGUCAAAAUUUUAAACCUUUAUACUCCCCUGAAUGAAUUUGAAGAACGGGUAACCGUGGCCUUUAUACGAACAAUCCAGGCACAGCUACAAGAGCGGAAUGACCCUCAGCAGCUGCUGUUAGACUCCAAGCACAUGUUUCCCGUCUUGUUUCCAUUCAACCCAUCCUCGCUGACCAUGGACUCAAUCCACAUCCCGGCCUAUCUGAACCUGGAGUUCCUCAGCGAGGUCUGACAAGGCACAGCCCUCGCCCCUGCCCGUGGCUCCAUUUCCAGUGAGGGCAAGAAGGAAGCCUCUUAUGUAUGGUGAAGUGAGGGGUCUGUUAAAUCUGUAAAAGACUGAGAGCCCGUACAGAGUGCUAAACGAUACGGAAUAAGACACAUUUGGCAUUAUUUUUUUGUACGUACUGCUCAGAAUAAAAACACUUGAAGUAUGGAAGAUUUUUAAGUAUAUGAUUUCAAUGUAAACAAAUACAUGUUAAAAUCCUCUCCCGCCACCCAGCAGCCCCCAUGGCCCAUAUAAAAGGUGUCAGUCUUUAAAAUGGAAACUGCCCAGUUUUGAUCUUUGCAUGUAACUGGAGGGUGCCCAAAGUAAAAUCAUAUGGAAAAUAUGCCACGUAAGUUGCCUUCAAAUCACUUUGAACAAAUAAUGGUACUAAUAACAUGAAGCUGUUGCACAGUGGGGCCAUCUCCUGAGGUCUACAAACCACCAGUGCAAAUGAGUUUGUGGGGAGAUGUUCAGAGAACAAAAAUACAGGGCUUGGGCCUUCGGAGAAGUUUUCGAAAGUAUCCUGAAAGCCUGGUGAUGCAGAGACAGUGGUAUAACUAACCUCCAAACAUUCUGAGGACAGGUUUCUAAAGCAAAAUUAGAAGACUCUGUCCCUCCUAUGCUUAAACCCUUUUUGCAUAGUCUUGGGUUUAUGGAAGAGUCCUGCUUAAAAUGCUCCGAUCCCAAACUUAAAGUGUGAGCCACACGGAAAGAGUCUUUGUUUCCGUUUCCAGUGCUAGUCCAUGUGCUUCCUGAGUCCACAAAACUUUCACAAAAAUCUAUGUAAUCUACAUAUUAGAAAAGAAUACCAACUUUGGUUUUAUUUACAGAUAAAAAAACCAAACAAGUCAGUAUGAAAGCCUGUAAUUCCUUAAUGCCAUGAAACUCCCAAUAAGAACAUCACAUAAUGCACUGUUAAUUCCAGGUAACCAGAAACAGUAAAAGAAAAUGAACGUGAGAAUCCGAUUAUUUGAAAAACUUUUCUAAAUAUUCAGUUUAGGGAUUAUUAUCGUCCAAAAGUCUUUUUGGGUUUGUAUGUUUGUAUAAGUGUAGGUUCUUUUUAAAGAGUGAGAGUAGCUUAGGUCAACACUCCCUUUUCAGGUUAUUUGGAACAUUUAUUUUUUAUUUAUUUUUUUAAAGAUUUUAUUCAUUCAGCAGGGGGAACAACAGAUGGAGAGGGAGCAGACUCCCACGGAGGAGGGAGCCCGAUGUGGGGCUCCAUCCCAGGACCCUGGGAUCAUGACCUGAGCCAAAGGCCGAUGGUUAACCAACUGAACCACCCAGGCAUCCGUUUUCAACAACUUUUAAAUUCACCACAUAAACAUGGCAAAUACCUCUGCUUUGAAAAAAGGAUUAAAACAGUUUUCAGUGAAAUAUGACAGCCAAUUUUAUGUUCACUGCUUUUAUAGGUUUUUUCCUUGCCUCUUCAACAGUAGGCAUUCAAUUAGAAAGCCCUGCAUAUUCUCUAAACCCACUUUUUGGUGAUUUUUUUUCCCGUAUUUCUAACAGAUAACAGUAUGUUGCUCCCAUGACCAGAAGAGAUGGUAUUUGCAAAACUGAGAAGAGCCUCUAUAUGACAUCAAGAUUACCCCAUGAAUGGCAGGUAGAACGUCCCCCUAUGCGCACGCAUGCACACGCACACACUUACACACACGUAAGCACCACCUGUCUAUCAGCCAGCCAACUCCAAAAGCUGCUGGAAACACCUCACACCCCAAGACCUGAAUGGUCCUGUGUCCAUUCGGCUCCACUUGCUCCGCCAUUCUUGGGCCUGCUAGGGCACAAGGCCCAGCGCCUGGGCAGACUCUGGAGCAUCCCGUCCAAAUCUACAACCCCAGCACGACUCGUUCACGGAAACCAUGGCGGGCCGCUCUCAGGUAUCCGCAGAGCUGUACCUGUCCCCCAUUCGCCGGGUACAGCUAUGUCCUCUGAAACCCACAAUGCACCCCUUCAGCCCACACAGUGACUUCCUUGGGAAGGCCAGUCUGUGGGUCUGUGGCUACCUCUUUUUAAAGUCAUUUAUUAAGUAUAAUUUGCUGAUGUUGCACUUCAGUUUAAAACUGAGCUUUCAUGUAAGGACUGACCUUCAUCUUCAAGUUAACCCCAAAUGGCCUUGUUUCGAGUGUUGAGUUUGAAAAGCAGUGAUUCUAUAAAUGUAACGGCUUGCUGUCCUUACAUUCUGUCUUAUAUCCUCACUCUCUCCAUCUCCAUGGGUCACUACUGCUGUCACCGUUAAUCAUAGGUGCCAAGGACUCAUUAAAUAAAAGCUUGGCAAUUAGAAUAAAUGUGGCAGCGGAGGGGGAGGGGGGUAUGAAUAGUCCUUUUCCAGGAGAGAGGGGCAUUUCACUGGAGCUGUACUUAAUAGAGUACUAACAACAGAGAAAUAACAGUGACUGGAAAAUGCUUGGGUCAGCCCUGGGUCAGCCCUGUUUAACUUAACACUUGGAGACUGAAAAGAAGCACUUUUAGAGAAACUUUAAUCACUUAUUAGCAUUUUUAUUCUUUGCUUUUUUAAAGCUAAACAUUUUCCGACUUCAUGAAAUCAAUGACUUCGUGUAAUUUAAGUCAACACCAAGGUCUGACCUCAGUCCACACUGGAUACCUGUCUCCUUUUUAUUCAAAAUUUAGUCCACACCCACUCUCACCCCAUGCCUUGGGCAGUUACUAAGAUAACUGACUUGUCAAUUAUUUCUCGGAAACAAGAGUUGUAGAGGGACGUCAUGGUGGAGUUUUCCUUUGUUUCUUGAAACAUUAAGAGCAUUUUAACGAUUAUUUAAGAAUCAAAUAUUUAUAGACAGCCUGUGUUUUCAGUAUCAUGGGGGACCUCUGUUUGCCGGUAGUAAUGCAGAUCAGUCACUGUUGCUGGAGCUGGGAAGCGCGCCCCUCUCUGCGUUCUCCCUGGGUCUUCACAGCUGCAGUUUGCUCUGUGGCAGCUGAGCAGCAGAUGAGACCCAAAGUUUAUGGAGGUUAUUUCUCCGCUUUCCAUGGGGCAUGUCCGUAGGAGCACCUUCCCUUGAUUUUCCUAUACUCAAAAUUUUCAGGCUUUUGUAAAAAACAAGACAAAAGAGAAACCUAGGAACUUGGAACACUUAGGAAAAAUUUAACCCUGCUACCAUCAAUUCACCACUCUUAGAGCCUUACCGCAUCAAGAUUACAGGAAAUAAAUUAGAAUUCAUUUCUUCUGCCUACAAUAUAGGUAACGGUUGUCAUACAUGGGACCUCCUUCUAGGCAGCAGGGGUAUCCGGAAUUGAAGCACUUGUCUCCUGCCUAGGGGACUGGACAGUCACUACAGUGUGACAGCAUGGGGGCAGGUCCCUGUCCUUUUUUCUCCUAGAGUAUUCCUAGGCAGUUUCUCAAAUUAAUUUGCUGCACGAGCCGAAUAGCCAAAAUUCAUUUUUUUGCACACACUGGUGCCAUAAUUAGAGAAUUAGGGGGUAUAGAAAAAUUAGAGGUGAAUGGCAAUGACAAAUAUAGGACUGUUCUUUCCUCUUACUAGGUUGAUACUAAGUAUUGGUUUUCCUAAAGAAAUUUCUAAUUCUAAUAAAGCAAUCAAAUGAUUUUAAGCUACUUUCUAAGAUGAUACUAUAUCAGAAUAACCCAGAUUUGGAUAUAACAUUUUGCCAGCAACUAUUAUUUAGAUGAAGGACUGCUUCUCCGAAGAGGGUUCACAUGAUAUGCCGGAGUAAAUCUAACAUUGUAAGAAGAAAUACUACUGAUAAAAAUAUUUUUUCAUUUUGAACAAAUCUGUAAAGUACACCUUUGUUUAUAGAAAAAGAUGCUUGUAUUAGUUACUAUAAUAUUCAGGUGUGGAUAAAAAUUUGUGGAAAUAAAUACUUUUGAAGAAA